AUGGGUGGCCACUCACCAGAUCCAAAGCACGGCGUUUACCUGGGAGGAUGGGGUAACUUUGGUUCCGUUCACCCUCAGAGAGGCAUUAUCACAUACUCUGUUGCCUCUAAUCGUCAGCGCCCACUCGCGGGCGCCUUGCACAAUGCAAUUUUCAACACAUGGCGCCGAUGCAGAGGCCAGUUCCUCUAUGUUGUCCCUCCAUUUGUGGUUGCAUAUGCUCUGAUGAAUUGGGCUGUUGAGAGAAAUGAAUAUUUGAACUCCAAGCCCGGCCGUCUCGCUGAAGGUACAUCUGAGGAAUAA